CUCAACAGAAAACAAAGCAGAAUUGAAACAAGUGUGGAUACCAAUGUUUAAUUGGUUAUCAGGCACCAAAAUGACAUCUGCUAUGAUUUUACCAUAAAACACGAGCCCGACCUUCACUACAUUGUAAUAUUAUGGGUCGCUCUUCGCCUAAUGUCAUAUUGGCGGGCGGCAUCUCGGUUCCUCAUGCCUUGCACUUUGCGUCACACAACUUUGAAUGCAGAAUUGCACCCCAAUUGGAACGAUCAGGAUCCAACGAUAUUUUCUGACAUUUGUCACAUACCUAUUGAAGGACACAGGUCAGCAGAAGACGAACUCACCUGGCAUGUGUAAUGCUUCGUCUUAAGGACGACAACAAACAGGCCUUGAUACCCAAUUUCUUCAAGCAUUAGCGACACAUCCCCAGUUUCAGACAUAAUCACCUUUGAUAGCUCCCCAAAAACCGUUGCUGAAUACAAACAAGGGCAUUCGUGAUGAUUUCUCAGAGUUGGCGGCUUCCACCUAUCAGAUUCCUAAAAGUUGGAAAA